AUGAAGGAAGGAACUGUAGGUAAGACAGGCACACUCCCCCGCACAGACGACGACGACGAUGAUGAUGACGACGACAAAGGCAACGGCAAACGCUUGCGUUAUAAUGCGAAAACCGCAAUCCCAAUCAGGCCCGCAACUCCGGCAGGCACGUUUUGGUUGAGCGCCAGGCCAGCACCGCUUGCGCGACUCGCCGUCGCGGACGCGGAAGCGAAGACGACCGAGGAGGAAGGCGGGCUUGCGCUUAGCGCCGUCGUCGAGGCCGCCAGCGGCACCGACGUGUCAGGUGUGACGGUUGCUCUGGGACCGUCCGGGCCCUGUGCCGAGACGAGGGGCGCGGCGCUGAGAGCUGCGUAAGCGAGCACCAGGAAGGCUCGCAUCUUGUCCUUUUUUUUUCCUCGCCUCGGCUCUGGCAGGGCGUGAGGGACGGUGCGAUGAAGGGUCGAAGAAAUUCCUUCGAGACACUCGGUGGUUGAUCUCCUCGGUCUCGGUCUCGGUCUCGCGGUCGGCGGCCGGUUCGGUGGAAGAGUGGAGAGGUUGGACGCGUUCACGAAGCUGCUGAUGUGUCCCGUUCCGUCCCUCGGGACUUCAGAGGAAGAGUACGAGUACGAUCAAAGGGGGUUCGAUUUUUGUUUUCUGCAGGCGCUGGGGCGGAGCGCGGUCCAUCAGCGAGGCAAAGGGCAUACAUAUAUCUAUGUACACGACCGCGGCCGCUGCCUCGCAAGGCUGCGUCGUGAGCGGCUCAUUUUUCCUGCUCGACAUCGUUCGAGGCCAGGCUCAGUGUUGCUGCGGUCACUAGUUUGAUUAAUAGGUGUCGUAUUUUGCGACGUUCGCGGUUCCCUGAGGUUGGAAGCAAACAAAACCCGUCUUACGA